GACACGUGGCCACCCUACCCCUUAUUUUUCUAUUUGACGUUCAUGUGUGAGUCUUGAACGCGCAUAUCCUUUUAGAACGGAGCUUACAGGAGAAGUACCAACGGGGAGUGGCCAGCCAGCUGCCCAAAACAACAGCAGAAGAACUCUAGGCAACUGGCAAGUUGAAUGUGAAGCCUGAGAGCCUGGUGCUCUCUACUCAGUAAUUUCUCCUGUGGCUGCUGCAAAGGAGAACCAGAUGUCAUAAACCAAGAUUGAAGCCUCCCACAUUUUGGGGGAUUUAAUACCUGUACAACCAAAUCAGCCAUGGGAGUCUGUCCUGCUGUGUCCAGGUACUUCCGGAGGUGGAAGUAUAUGAUACUGUUGCUGCUCUCUGUCUCCGUUUUGGCUUGGAUCGCCACUUUUGCCGGCGAAACAGUGAAAGCAAUUCAGGAUACCCAUAGGUCAGCACAGACACUUGAGGAUAACGCUGAGGUCCUGAGGGGGGGCAUGAAAUACUCAUGGAAAACAGUGAUGCAAGUCUUCUCCAAUCCUCUCCCUGACACCCCACCACCAAAAGAAAGCUGUCCUGAGAAAUCACCACUGCUUCAUGGAGCCCUGAAGCUGACGUUCAAGGACUCUUUAACGCUGAAGGAGGUGGAGAGUGAGAACAGUGGAGUGGCUGAGGGCCAAUACCAGCCUCCAGACUGCCUCGCCCAGCAGAGUGUGGCCAUCCUCAUCCCUCACCGUAACCGGGAGAAACACCUCCUCUACCUCCUGCAUCACCUGCACCCCUUUCUUCAGAGGCAGCAGCUGCACUACGGCAUCUACGUCAUCCACCAGGCUGGAGAGGUGACGUUUAAUCGUGCCAAGCUACUUAAUGUGGGGUACUUGGAGGCACUCAAGGACUACGAUUGGGAUUGCUUUGUUUUUCAUGACGUGGAUCUGGUUCCAGAGAACGACUACAACCUAUACAAGUGUGACCAACAGCCCAAACACUUAGUGGUCGGCAGGAACGCCACAGGAUACAAAUUGCGAUACAAAGGCUACUUUGGAGGGGUGACGGCCAUGACGAAGGACCAGUUUCACAAAGUGAACGGAUUUUCUAACACUUACUGGGGAUGGGGUGGGGAGGAUGAUGACCUUCGCAUCAGGGUGGAGCUCCAGAAAAUGAAGAUUAUACGGCCACCCCCUCUUAUAGCACGCUAUACCAUGGUAUUUCAUAAAAGAGAUAGCGGCAACGAAAUUAAUAAAGACCGGAUGCUCUUGUUAGGACGGACACCUCAAGUCUGGAGAACGGAUGGCCUUAACACCUGCUCCUACAGUACUCUCUCAGUUGAGAGGCCACCUCUGUACAUUAAUGUCACAGUGGACAUUGGCAAACCACUGCACUGAGGCUUCAGAGCAUCUGUCUUGAUUUGCUGCAUUGAAUGCAGUAAUGGUGCUCUGGUAUGUCCAUGCCUACAUGUUAUGUACCUGCCCUAACAAACAGAGUGGCAGUAGCUGGUAAGCAAAAGUUUUCACGGUAAACCAUUCCAAGCAGGGCGCGUAAUGUCGCCAGGUCCUAAUAACGUAAAGUCUGGAAGCCCUUCAGUCAAAACUGGUGAGUAGUUUCUAGGGGUGAGAAUAAAACCACAAUUAAAUGUUGCUCUGCGUUAGAGGUUUGCUGUGACUUGAUUGUUUCAACAAGUAUUUGCAUUCUAAUAGAGCAUGUUAUCAUUUUUUUAUUCUAAAGAAUCAUGGAUUUUUUUUUUCAUUUCUUAAUCUCUGGUUGUCAAGGGACAACAUAUAUGAAUCAUUCUCACAUUUGUGAAAGUAUGCUACAUGGAAAUUAAUUGUAGUUUUUAUGCAAUCUUGUUACAACAGCCAACAGUGAUAUCACAGUGUAGAUGGCUUCAUUUUCUAGACAUCACAAGUUUUAUAUUUUGAAUGUGCUGCUACAAGAUUUGUGAAGUAACUCCAACACUAAUUUAGUCAAAUGUCUAUUGUAAAAUACUUUGCUUCUGUUGCCUUAAUUCAUCCAGUUGUAAAAGUACCAGAGGUCCAUUCCUGUUUUUUUUUAUUGCUGAGCUAUACAGUUCCGGUCAAAUAUAUUGCCACCCUUACAUGAUUCACUAUUUAUUUUCAAAUAAGUUGAAAUAAACCAAAACAUGUGUUCUUCACAUGUGUAUUUGUAGGUUUUACGACUGCACAGCCCCCCCAAAAAACAACUGAAAUGUAGAUUUUUCACAUCGAAGUCAAAUGGCCUGCAAUAACUUAUUCAACAUUCUAAAUAAUUUGGUUGGAGUCAUGUUCUUGUUUAUCUUGGUCCUUGUGGGCCAUCUUGAGUCAAAGCAAGCUGUCCCAUUUAGGCUGUUAAGAGCCACCUACUUACUGCCUUUGACACUUUCACCGUUUUGCUCAAAUGUAUUCUUCAUAUUUGCCUGUUUUAACAAUGUUAUUUAUCAUAUCAAAUAUGACUAUUGUGUUUAAAUGUUUAAUAUAUUUUAAUAUGGUUUUGGUAUGGCCUGCUCUUUCACAUGUAUGCUUCUGUAAGUUAUGCAUCAUUCAUAUUUUCAUGGUGUGCGGUUACAGCUAUAUGAGUUGUACUGUAGUGUUCAUUUGUUUGUUUCUGUGGUCCUACUUUAUCUGAUUUAUAAAUUAUUGAUGUUUUAGAAUAUGUUUUGGGAUGCCAUAAUGACUGAUUAAUUAAGAGUGCCUUGUUCGGUGAGACCUUUCUCUCUUGAAUCUUUUCCUUUCAAAAUAACAUUUUUAAUCUUGUAGAUUGUUUUAUAGGAGGGAAGAGACAUGAAUCAGAUGGGACUUGUGAAUUGAAGAGAAAUAAAUGAUCUAUUUCUAUAAA